UGUGUCUGGACGGGGUGCUGAGGGCAGGGGCGCAGGCAGGCACACUGGAAACGCACUAUCAAGUUAUAUUGCGCAAGAGGUCUGCGAAUUGGGAAACUGUAAUGGAGGGGAGCGUGAAAGCGUGACUGGAUGGUACUAAGUAAAUCAGACCAGAGAGUCCAGAUGAGUGUUUUGUGAAAAACGUGGGGCUCCGUGUUGGGAGUACUGCACUAAUGAUUUGAACACAGUUUGUAGCCCACCAGUUGCUCUGGUUCCCGUAAGCAGGCAGUUGGGCGGCUUUUGACCGUGUUAGGAGAGCUUCACAGUCCCGAGCUGAGGAAUAUCAAAUAUGACUGUGGCCAAUGCAAAGUCUGGCAAAGCAAUGCAGCAGGUACUGGACAACCUGAAAGACAUGCCAUCAGGCCCAGGAGCCAAAGAUAUUGACCUCAUCUUUCUCAAAGGCAUCAUGGAGAGCCCCAUCGUCCGCUCCCUUGCCAAGGCCCACGAGCGUCUUGAGGAAGUUAAGUUAAAAGCUGUGCGGGAUGAUAAUGUUCAGCUGGUCACGGAGAUCCUGGAUUCUCUCAACAAUCUGCCACAAAAAGACGAUGCUGCUGCUGAGCUGGCCAAAAUCCUCCAGGAGCCGCACUUUAAGUCUUUGAUAGAGGCUCAUGACAAAGUGGCUUCAAAGUGCUAUGAAAUGCCUCAUGCUACGGUGAACAGCAAUGCCUUGUUGACGAGUUCACUCAUGCCAGCUGAUGCGGUCAGGAUGAUCGGCAUUCAGAAGAAAGCCGGGGAACCACUGGGGGUGACGUUUCGUGUGGAGCGGGGAGAGAUGGUGAUCGCACGGAUCUUGCACGGCAGCUCGAUUGAUAGGCAGGGCAUGCUGCACACGGGGGAUAUAAUCCGUGAGGUGAACGGUCAUGAGGUCGGUAGGGACCCCCAUGAACUCCAGGAGCUGUUGGGGCAAUGCAGUGGGAGCAUCACACUCAAGGUCCUGCCCAGCUACAGAGACACACCGGCACCUCCACAGAUCUAUCUGAAGCCACACUUCAACUAUAAUCCAGCCACAGACAACUUGAUCCCCUGUAAAGAGGCAGGCCUGGCCUUUUUCAAGGGAGAAAUCCUUCAUGUGGUCAACAAGGAGGACCCCAACUGGUGGCAGGCCCGCAAAGUUGUUGGUGGAGCCACUGGUCUGAUCCCCAGUCAGUUCUUGGAGGAGAAGAGGAAAGCUUUUGUGAGAAGAGACUGGGAUAAUUCUGGUUCAGGGAUGCUCUGUGGAACUGGGAAGAAAAAGAAGAAAAAAAUGAUGUACCUUACUUCAAAGAACGCAGAGUUUGACCGUUACGAGCUGCAGAUCUAUGAAGAAGUAGCCAAGAUGCCACCGUUUCAGAGGAAAACACUGGUCCUGAUUGGAGCCCAGGGAGUUGGGAGGCGGAGCCUGAAGAACAGACUUAUUGUCAUGAACCCUCUCCGAUAUGGAACCACUGUACCCUUCACGUCACGCCCUCCGAGGGAAGAGGAGAGAGACGGUCAGAACUAUUGCUUUGUGACGCGGGAAGAGAUGGAGAAGGACAUCAGAGAGAGCCGUUACCUGGAGCACGGAGAGUACGACGCCAACCUUUAUGGCACCAAGAUUGACUCGAUCCAUGAAGUGGUGACUGCAGGCCGUACCUGCAUCCUGGAUGUCAAUCCCCAGGCCCUAAAAGUGUUGAAGACUGCUGAGUUCAUGCCAUUUGUGGUGUUUAUUGCUGCUCCUGAAUUGGACACACUAAGAGCUAUGCACAAAGCUGUGGUAGAUGCUGGACUUACUACCAAACUACUCACGGAGAACGAUUUGAAGAAGACUGUGGACGAGAGUGCCAGGAUCCGCCGGGCAUACAGCCACUACUUUGACCUGACUAUUGUCAAUGACAAUCUGGACAAGGCCUUUGACAAGCUGCAGGAGGUGGUAGAGCGACUAUUCAUAGAGCCACAGUGGGUUCCAGUCAGCUGGGUCUACUGAUGUCUUUACCCCCUACUGGACAGACAUGGCUGUCCAAGCUGCUAGGCUUGGGAUGAAAGGGGACACCUGAAGGGACGAAUGAUUCGACACUGUACUGCACACACGGACAAAGUGUUGGACAUUAGACCUGUGUGGAUAUGGGUCACGCACAAAGCUGCAUCAGUCACCUUGAUCUGAAUUGCCAGAUUCCUUUCUAGCACACUAUGCAACUCACAACACACAGGAAGUGUACUUAUUUAUUGGCAAAAUAUUUUUUAAAGAGUCCUUUCUAUUCACGUGGAUUGGAAGAAGAUACUGGCCCCCGUGUCAGGAUGUUUUAAAAGCAAAUGCGGUUUUUGUCAUUUACCUGUCUUACAUACAGAUGUGAAACUGUAUUUAUUCUGCAAUAAUGAGGAGUGCUUGCUCAUUGAAAAGAACGAUACCUCAGUGUUAAGUUUACAGUGCAUAUGCCUGCAGAAUUUCGUCUCAUGUUGUCACUACAAACUUGUCAUUCAUGUAGAAUAGUGUCAUAUUUUUAAGACCUUUCUCCUUGAGGCUUCACUUAAGCUCUGCUGUCUUUGCAGUCCGAACUCAUACCUGCAAAACGUCAUGCCAGUCACUGUUCGAUGUUGUACAGAAGGAAAAGUAUUUCUGUAGUGUUUACCCAUUAUUUCUCUUUCACUCAAGCACAACAGAUUACAUUAAUUAUGUUGAUUGUUUGUCAGACACUUGGAUCAUUUGAGUAUUUCAGACUGUUAGACCUGUCGAUAAGGUGCUGUCUUUGUGUUUGUUUGAAAGAAAACUUUCCACAGGACUCUUGAACAGGGUACUGCAUCUCAGAGAACCAUCCCUUUUGAUGUGAUAUUACUAAAACUUAACCGUUUUAAAUAAAGUUCAUAUUUACUUAUAAAAAGGUAUAUUUUACAAGAAUUCAGAAAAGUUGUAUUUUCAGAAAUAAAUAACUGGUGUUUUCUAAUGA